AUGGCCAUCCCGUCCGCAAUUGGAGCGUACAAGACCCACAAACAUCACAAAGCCAAGCGCCUUCUGGAAGCACAGCACCCUGGACUUAUGCAAAAGACUAACGACGACACAUUCAACGCCAACGUCCGCCAGGUCAUGCGGCACUACAGCCGUGGCUCCAUCGGCCUCAUCUCAGCCAGCGUUCUAGCGCCCGUCCUCCCACAUAUGGUUCUCCCCGCGGGUAUUAACGUUUACAUCUUGCACCGCGCGGGGAAAGACCGGGAAGAACUUGCCCAGCAAAUGCAUAGCAAAGGGUUCCGCGUCCGCAAGCGCGAUUUAGCCCGGGGUCUCGCACGCGUCGUCAUCGAGAAAGCGAUUCUCAUCCCCAUGACACUCGGUCACGAUGAUUUGCUGAUCGCGUUCCCAGCCGCUGCGAUCAGCGACAGUGGCUUGUUACAUGCCGACUUGCUAAAUGUAGACGGAAUUCACGAGUUCAAUGAAGCGGUGAACGAGCCUGUAGAGCAGAUACAGGAGGCUCUUGGCAUCCAGACUGCAGAGGAGAGGCUGGAAAAUGUGCAGCAUCUCAGCCCAGAUACUGGAGGUUGGCAUGAGAAUGCGGGUGUGCUUGCGUCGAACGUGGUUAUUGCGGGGUCUGCAGCGGCGGCGGUCGAGUGGGUCGUUGAUCGGCCGUUGGAGUACAGAGAUGAAAAGAUACGAAAGAUCUCAUAG